AUGAUUACGAGCCACAGACCAACCGCUUGGCUGUCUAGACCCUCUACGUCCCAUUUUGCGCAUGCCUCUUCGCGACAGGCGUUGACAUUGAUUCACUCUCCUCACUCUGAUAAACCAGUGCCGGUGACGUCCCUUUCCGGGUUUGCUCUCCUUCCUCCCGUUUCCCCACCGUUCGUCUACCUCUUCUCUCCCGCAUCGUCGUCUCCCAGCCAAGGUACCCUGGCCGACAUCUGCAGCGAACCCACUUCAGAGCUGCCCUCCACCUCCACGCCUCCCUCUCUCUCCGCACCAGCUUGCACCUGGACUGAACCUGGACCGGGCCUCGACUUGAACGUGGGCGCACGGCUCCUCAUCCCCGCCACGCCCAUCCGCUGUCCGUCACUUCGCAAACAACUUUUGUCGUGCCACUCAACACUUCCAACCUCCUACGAGAACACCUGUAAUAUACUGUUCAUGGCCACUCGCUGA